UAAAGCUACACACUCAAAAAAGUCAACUAAGGCAGUUGUUUGAUUAAUUCAAUAGACAUUUGUCUAUUUAACAUGAACAUAUUGAGUUUAGGUUUUUAAAUCAUUAUCAGUUGUUGGUUUAACAUAAAAUAACAAAAAAUUUAAUGAACUAGAUUUGCAUUCUUCAGUUCAAUUAAAUGUAAUUAUUUUAAAUCAACAACUCUAAAACCGAUGCCUAGUGCGCAUGCUCAAACUUCCCAGAAGUGAAGAGGCGGGAACGCGGAGAAAGUUAUAUGUGUUCAGUGAACUGCCGUUUACCUCUGCGGAUUCUUCCACAAUACAGUAACAUCACAAAGAAAGCUGCCCCCUUUUUCUGAUUGUUUGUGCCUCCUCUUUAAUACAUGUGACUUGUAUGUGGCAGUGCAAGCGUUGUUCCAUCAGGGAGAGUAGUAGGCUGCUCUUUCAAGACAAAUAUCUUUGGUACAUUUUAUUCACACAAAAAGAGGAAGCAUCAUUCAGAUUCACUUAAAGAUUUCAAGGUGGGUUUAGUGGUGUGUUUUGACUCAGCACAACAUUCUGAUGACCUUGAAGGUGUAGGUGCUAGUUGCUCUGAUUUUUUAGAUCCUGAAGUUGGAACUGAGUUGGUGUCAGGAAGUAAUCAUUCCACUGAAAAUUUGACAGAUCUUGUUGAACAGAAAAUAGCUGGGAUAUUGUUAAAAUUGGAACAUAUAUUUCAAAUUCCAGCUACAGCAGUAGAUGGCUUGGUGGAGGAGUUGAGUUUUUUGUUAAGUUCUGCUUGUACUUCAAUCACAAAACGAACAGUUGAAGAGGUAUUCAAGAGCCAUAACCUUCAUAUUGGUCAGGCUGUUGUUGAGGAGCUUGCCAAUACAGUGUGCAUUUCUAACCCUGUAUCAAAAAUUUUAGCUAAGUGUGGUCCUCUUGGAACUUCAUUUAAAAGAAAACAAUACUAUAAGCAUAACUUUAGGGUCGUAGAGCCUGUUGAGUACAUUUUAUCUGUUGAUCAACGAAAGUCAUUUCAGUACAUUCCUUUAUUAAAGUUAUUGCAAGAAUUAUUGAGUCAUAAUCACAUACUUGAUAGAGUGAUUGAGCAACAUAUAGGACAAGAAAAAAGUGAGAAUUUGGCUAAUGGUCUGAGUGUUUACAGGUCUUUCCGAGAUGGCAAGCACUUUAGAACCAAUAGCUUUUUAGCUGUUGACGUGUUGAGAAUCUCCAUUACACUUUACAUUGAUGAUUUUGAGGUUUGCAAUCCUCUUGGAACCUCACGCAAAAAACACAAGCUUUGUGGUAUUUAUUGGGUCUUGGAUAAUUUGCCUCCAGGCUCUCAUUCAGCACUCUCCUCCAUUUACCUAGCUGUUCUUUGUAAAAGUGACGAUUUAAAGACAUUUGGGUUUGAAAAGGUGUUGGAACCCCUGUUAAAAGAUCUUAUGAUCUUGGAGCAACACGGUGUGUUUAUUGCUCAGUUGAAUGAGUUUGUUAAAGGCACUGUAAAUUGUGUAAUAGCUGAUAACCUAGCUGCUCACGGGCUUGCAGGUUUUGUUGAAAAUUUUUCUGGGGAACACAUAUGUAGAUUCUGUGUCGCAAAGAAAAAUGAAAUUCAGUUUUUGACUGCAGACGUUUUUGAGUGUAGAACACGUGAACUCCAUUUGGCUCACUUAAAAUCUGCAUUGGAAACCUCAAGCUUGUGUUGUGGGGUUAAACGUGACUGUGUUUUGACUAAAAGUCUCUCUCAUUUUGAUGUUAUUGCAGGCUUUCCCCCAGAUAUAGUACACGAUUUUUUUGAGGGCAUUAUACCUGUAGAACUAGCAGAAUGCUUGGCUGUUUUGAUCUCCAAAAAGUAUUUCACCUUAGAAAAACUUAACAGUUCAAUCCAAAAUUUUGACUACAAAUGGGGAGAUAAGACAAAUCGUCCUCACGUCAUACCACAUACCUACUCAAAGAAAAAACAUAUAGGGGGGAAUGCACACGAAAAUUGGGCUCUGCUUCGCUUGUUGCCUUUUAUUAUUGGUCCCCUUGUUCCUGAAGAUGAACAGGCCUGGCAUGUUCUUUUGGAUCUCAAGGAUAUAGUGGAACUUGUUGUUGCCCCUAUCCACUGUGAUGAGUCAAUAUCAUAUCUUGAGUUCAAAAUCAGAGAGCAUCGGCAGAGAUACAAAGAACUUUUUCCAAACAGCCGUAUUCUUCCUAAACACCAUUUUGUAGAGCACUAUCCUGUCAUGAUACGUCUCUUUGGACCUCUCGUUCAUAAGUGGACAAUGAGGUUUGAGGCCAAGCAUAGUUUUUUUUAAACAGGUUGCUCGCCACACCAACUGUUUUAAAAACAUACCUCUCACACUUGCCAGAAAACACCAGCUUGUCAUUGCUCACCAUUUGCAUAUGUCUGAUGAGAAAAAACAGUUGGUGGUAACUAAUGUUUCAUCAGUGCCUAUUGAUGUGCUCCAAAGUGACAUUGCAGCUGCUUUUAACCAAAGGCUUCCAGAUGAAACUGAUGUUCACAUUGCGAAGAAUGUGUCAUACAAUGGUAUGAACUACAGCAAAGGAAUGAUUGUUAUCCAUGGAGAGUCAUUUGGUCUGCCUGAGUUUGCUGAAAUUUUGCAGCUCUGUGUUUUGGAAGGGAAGUUGCAUUUUUUUGUGAGAAAGAUAUCUGCUUGGUAUAGGGAGCACUUUAGAGCUUUUGAACUGAGCACGUCACAUGUGAGGGAGGUGGCUGUCAUUGCACAUGAGGAACUGGUUGAUGAAUAUCCCUUAGCUGCCUACUCUGUUGGAAGACUGCGUCUGGUUACUCUAAAGAGAUCUGUGACUUUUCUUGGAAAACAAAAUUAAUACUUAUCUUCAAAAUGACGUCACCCCUAAGACUGCGGAUAAUCCUGGGUGAAGAUGAUGCCAGGAAGUUGAUUCUUCCUGCAGGGACACCGGUCUCAAUUGAAGAUUUGUGCCACACAGUAAAGACAAGUUUUGGAUUGCAGCAAGAUAUUCGACUUCAAUAUCAAGAUGAGGACUUUGGAAAUGAGUUCAUGAAUAUGUCAGAUGUCUCAGAAGUAAAGGACAAAGGCACCCUUAAGGUGAUAUUUUUGCAAAGCCCACAGGAGGAAAAUGUAAGAACUUCUCAAAGCCAAGCAACAGAGUCUGUAUCCAUCUCCUCUGCUGACACAGAUGAUACAGAGCCCAUUUCAUCUUCAGGUUCUUCACCAUCCUCAAGGCACUGGGUUUGGCCAAGUGUCUUCACUGUACCACAAUUUAGCUAUGAGGCAGAAUUUGAACUCGAGAAGGCCAACACUGCCUGCGCCAAUGGGGGAACUCUAUUGAACCCUUCACCAAAACUGAAAUCCCAAAUUCUGGAACGACUGGCUGAAGAAAUAUACAAAUUCAAAGCCUACCCAACAGACAGUGAUCUGACUGAUGUUGCAGAAGCUCUUGUGAAAAAGCAUCCUUGCCUUAGAGAGCAGGGGUCUUUCAAUGGCUGUUAUGGGUGGAAGAUUAGCCUAAAAUAUAAAAUGGCUAACCUCCGCACCAAACUGAGAGGCCUUGGAUGUACAGAGGUGACCAUAAACUCCAUCAAAAACAAGUCUGGUGACAACCGUCAGGCAGCCUUCAAUGUGAAGAAACCCAAAAGAGCUGAAGUUAACUAUUGUCCACAGCAUCCAAAAGGACAGACAUCAGAAAGUCUGGAACAGGAAAGAGUUGCAAUUCUUUCUGAGUUGACUAAAAGAAAUAAUGACUCUGUUGUGAGUGCGAAAAUGGAGAAGACUUUCUCAUACAGAAGGCAAGAAGUUCUUCAGGGUCAGCCGAUGGUUGCAGACUUCAAAAGCAGAUGGCCAGCUCUGUUCACUGUGAGAGAGAUUGACAAGGAGUUUUUGCGAAUCACCACAAAGCCUCUGCUAUCCACUUUCUUUGCCGAGCUUGACCAAUACGCGCCACGCUUAAUGGAAAUCUUUCUGAGCAAAGGAGGGACACCUGGAAAGAAAAUAAGAGGCCUCAUGCUUGCCAUCUCCAAGCAUGACAACAUCCAUACCAGACGAGCAUGCAUCUUGAAGUCCUUAUGCAUCUACCUAAACGAAGACUAUGAGAAGUUAAUAAAGGAGUACUUGGAUACGGACAGCGAGGCAAAAAGCUGCAUGGAGCAAACUGUGAUGGGGGUGUACGUCAUCCAGAAGGAGGGUGCUGAACCUGAAGAUGACCCAGAGGACAUUGGUGUCCUGAUUGAGGGUGUGGAGGCUCUCACUGAUUUGGGUAAUAUUGCACAAGCAUGUGCUCUGUUGUUUGGACUCAUAUACUGUUUGAACCUGAGCUACCCACCAGAACUUAAAUGCACCUUUGAAGUCCUCCAGAAGAUACUUUUAAAUCUUGAUGGACAAAAGCUCUCUUCAAAGGCACAGUUUCUGAAAAACAAGCUUAUGGGGUGAGAGCACCUGAAAAUGACUGAUAGGUCUUGAAUGGUUCAUUGGUGCAAUGGUGAUUUCCAAUAUAUAAUGUUAACAUUUGAGUUUAUGUAUUCUUUCAUUUAAAAAAUGUUUUUUUUUUAAGUUUUUGGAUUCUCUCUGUUGGGCAAUUCACCUUUUAUACAGCACUGCAGAUGAUUUUUGUUUGUCUUUAUAUAGAUGGCUCAAAAUGGAUCAGAAGUACUGUUCUGUUAAUUAUUUUUCAUUUAAUUUCAAGUUUGUAGUAUAGGUACUAAUUCACAUAUACCAUAAUGCUGUCAUGUGUUGAAUGAAGAUAUCAUUGGAGUGCUUUAGUGCCCCCUCUCCCCCCCCCCCUUUAAAAAACAAAGUCAACAUUUUACAGAAACUUCAUUGAGGGGUUUUCCUCAAGCAAUGUUCAUUGUUGUUUUUAGCUGCACUGUUACUAUGUUGUGUUUAUGUGUCAAGGGCCUGUAAAGUUUAAGACCACUGCCACCUGUUAAGUUCACUGUAUUAUUUUAAUGUGUCCAUUUUGCUUGCUAGCAUGUUUUAAAACACAGCAAAACUAUAUUGCUAGCUGUGGAGGACCGCAACCAAAAUUAAAAAAUAAAUACAGAAAUAUAAAAAUUGGUCAAACUAAUAAUUAUUACAAUGAGAUACACCAAACAAAUGUAGAUUUUCAUUUCAAGUAAUUGUAUUUGAAAAAAAAUUGUCAUCUGUCAUUUAAUUUGAUGUGAAGCCUUCUGUUUCUAUUUUUGUUUUACUUCCUAAU